AUUGCAUCCAGAGUCCCAUUCGAGAGCAGCAGCAGUGUGUAGCAAGCUGCGUUCCAUACAGUUUGGAUUGCAGCCUCUGGUCAAAGUGCAACGCAGGCCUGGGUUAUUCUACCCAGCGAACAAAGAAAAACGUCACUUGCGUCACGAGGCACGUAUCUCAUCUUGCAUUCUUCCCCGCGGUCCUUAUUUGGGCGAACGAGUGGGAGUAGCACGCACGCUCCCUCCAGUGUGCUCCAAGGACUCUGUAAGUGCAGCUACUAGGCAGGGAAGAGCUUCAGCAGCAACUACCAGCGCGUAUAACCACAGCCGCCUCAUCGGCACCGCGUCAAGCGGCCUGGAAUCAUGAAGGCCUCUAUCCCGCGCACGGCGACCCUCGCCUGGUCGCCAGCCAAGCUUGACUCGGUCGCGCGGCCGUACGUUGCAACAGCGACUGUCGCCGGAGCUCUUGAUGACAGCUUCAGCAACGAAAGCGUCCUCGAGCUUUGGAAGCCGAACUACAGCGGCGAGGCGGAGCAGCUCAGUCCUGUCGCCAGUGUUAGCACCGGUGCAAGAUUCAACCGCCUGACCUGGGGCUAUGUGCAUCCAUCACGGCCAAAAGGUGUCCUCGCCGGUGGCUUCGAGAACGGCGAGCUGGCCUUGUGGGAUGCAGAUAAACUUCUCUCCUCUGCCCCCGAUGCUGAGAUCUUGCGCAACAACCAGCACAGUGGUCCCGUCCGAGGGCUCGACUUCAACAAUGUUCAGAACAACCUUCUCGCCAGCGGUGGCACCAAUGGCGAGAUCUUCAUCUGGGACCUCAACUCACCCCUUCGUCCCUACUCGCCGGGCGCACGCUCCAACAAGCUCGACGAGAUCACCGCGCUCGCUUGGAAUGCCAAGGUUCCGCAGAUCCUCGCCACAGCCAGCAACAGCGGCAGCACGGUCGUCUGGGACCUCAAGGGAAAGCGGGAAGUGGCAGUGCUUUCCUAUGGCGGCGGAGCGGGGACCAACAUGGCAAACAUGCGUAUGAACGGCAUCGGAGGCGGUGCCAGUGGCCGGAGGGGCAUGGGGGCUGUGUGCUGGCAUCCAGAGCAACCCACACGUCUCGUCACCUCUUCCGAGGAUGAUAACAACCCGGUCAUCAUGGUGUGGAACUUGCGCAACGCACUCGCCCCCGAGCUCAUCCUGAGCGGUCACUCCAAAGGCAUCCUCUCCAUGAGCUGGUGCAGGCAGGAUGAAGACCUGCUUGUCUCUUGCGGUAAGGACAACAGAACCAUUCUUUGGAAUCCGCAGAGCGGCGAGAUUGUCGGUGAGCUGCCAUCCAGCAGCAACUGGACAUUCGACGUGCAGUGGUGCCCGCGCAACCCGGACCUCCUUGCCACCGCCAGCUUUGACGGCAAAAUCGGCGUGCACUCGUUGCAGGCCAUCAGCUCCAACGAGGGGGUUGCUGCCGCGGCCACAGCAGCGGCCGCUUCGGCAGCGCAAACGCAAGGAGCUGGCGCGGACGGCGCGGACGGCGCGGACGGCGCGGACUUCUUCAACAGCCUGCCCGCCGCGCCAAGCGGCACACCCGGCGUCUCGCUCAAGCAGCCGCCCAAGUGGCUCCGCAGGCCUGUCUCUGCGUCGUUCGCGUUUGGUGGCCAGCUUGUCUCGGUCAGCAACCUGACAGGUCCGAGCGGCAAGACGCAGUCAAGCGUCGUCCACGUGCGUGAUGUCGUUACGGAGCCGACGAUCGUUGCGCGCGCGCAGAAGCUGCAGCACGCGCUUGCUUCGCAGGACCUCGCAGCCUUCUGCGAUGAGAGGAGCCAGGAAGCGCAAGGAGGGACGGCAGCGACGGACGACGCGACGAACUGGAAGGCGUUGCAAACGCUUUUCAAGGCGGACUCCAGGGACGAGCUGGUCACGUUGCUCGGCUUCUCUAAGGAGGACGUCGCGGCUAAAGUCGCUGCGGCUGUGGCGAGCUUCAAGGAAAAGUCUGGCCAUGCCAACAUCGAGACGGCAGCCGAGGCGGUGGCUAAGGCUGUCAAGGAAGCCGCCAAGGUCGCAGAGGUGGAAAAGAGUUCAGAGACGGAGACUGAAACCACCCCCACGGAGACAGAUGCCACAGACGCGAACGCCACAGACGGCACUACGGCAACGGCAGCUACCGAGGAUCCAAGCUUGUUUGGUGACGAUACAGCGCAGGCUCCCGAGAGCGCCGCUGCCAGCGAAGCCUUCUUUGAUGAGCUCGCCAACAAGUCCGCCUUGCCCUCUCACCUCCCCAGUGUUGGGGCCGGUGCCAAUGGGGCUACGCCAGCUGCUGCGUCCACCGCUGCGACGAUUGGCUCGCCCGUGCCGUCGCGCGCACCCUCUGCUGCACCGCAGACCGCAACGUUCCGAAUCUACCCAAGCAACGAGAGCGAAGCAGACAAGCUGAUCACGCGCGCGCUAGUCCUCGGCGACUUUGAGAGCGCCGUCUCGUUGUGCAUCUCGGCGGACAAGUUCGCUGACGCGAUCCUGCUCGCCGUCCGCGGUGGCCCCGAGUUGUUAGCCAAGACGCAGAAGCUCUACUUUGAGCAGCGCACCAGCUCCACGCCGUACCUCCGCCUUUACCAGAGCAUUGUCUCAGACGAUCUGUCGGACAUCGUGCAGAACGCCGACUUAAGCGAGUGGCAGGAGGUCUUCGUCGUGCUCUGCACAUUUGCUCGCUCCGACGAGUUUGGCAACCUCGCCGAGCAGCUUGGUCAACGCCUUGAGCUGCACUACACCCAAGCUAAGUCCAAGGAGGCGCGCAAAAAUGCCGUGCUGGUUUACUUGGCGGCUGGCAAGCUUGAAAAGGUCGUCAAUAUGUGGAUCGACGAGAUGAAGGAAGAGGAAGAGGCAUUGCUUCGCGCUGAGGACAAGACGAUCGCUGGUGGUGAUGGUGCAGCGGCCGGGCUGUAUUCGGCUCACGCCGAGGCGCUGCAGUCAUUCAUCGAGAAGAUCAUCGUAUUCCAGCACGCCGUCGGCUACGUUGACACGGAUCUGCAACAACCGACUGACAACGCGUUCAUUGCCGAGAACGGGCUGCGUGUGUACAAGCUCUCGGCGCUGUAUGACCGCAUACAUGAGUACGUCGACCUGCUCGCAGACCAAGGUCUAAUCUCGUCUGCGCUGUCGUUUAUCCAGCAGACCCCGUCGGAUUAUAAGGGUGCCAAAGCUAGCGCUAGCUCAGUCUCCGACGAUGCUGCUUUACUUGCUAGGGACCGCCUCAGCCGUGCACAGGCAGCCCGUCCAUCUGAGCAGGCUCAGGCUGGAGCGAUUGCAUCCGUUGCAGCAGCAACACCGGUGGCGACAGUGGCGACCGGAACAAGCACCGCAACGGCGUCUCAAAGCAAUGGAUACAACCUGUACGCACCGACGCAGGCAGCAGUGGCGCCUGCUGCUGGAAUUCCUUCGAUUCCAUCCGUGCCGACAAUACCAACUCAACGCGAUCCAUAUGCCGCACAACAGGCGCAGGGCUUGUAUGGCAUGCCUGCCACUCAGCUCUAUCAACCACAAGGUAACGCAGGACAGGCGUAUGACCCCUACGGUGCAAGUGGCGUAUACGGCGCGCAGGCAUCUUACGCUCCUCCCCCACCUCAGCCUAUGAUCCCACCUCCUGGUCCAACGCUGACGAACACACAGCCCAAUUUGAACCCUUCGCUGCCUCCACCUCCUCCGCUCAAGAGGGAUAACACGGGGUGGAACGACGUACCAGACGCGAUCGGAGGACUUCGCCGCACAGCUAGCGCGCUCGGCAACAAGGCCCAGCCCAUCACAUCCCCAUUCCCCAACUCGCCAGCACCCGCUCCGUAUGGCAGUCAAUCUGGCGCACCGCCGCAAGGUCCACCUCGCGGCCAGACGCCAAGUCGCCAGGCGUUUGCGAGCCCGCCGCCCCCGCCGCAGGCGGGUGGAACUGCGUUGUACGGCUCGCGUCCGAACGUGCAAGUCGGGGCGCCCCCACCUGGGCGCCAGGGUCCUCCACCCCAAGGCCCGCCGCGUGCGUCGAGCGCUGCUGCUCGUCCACAAGGCCAGCAGAUGCCACCUCCAGCUCGGGGCCCUGCGCCUGGCAUGCCUCCACAGGGGCAGCCGCCGCAGCAGCAGGGGCAGUACGGUCCUCCGGUAGGCCAAGCGUUCCAAAAUGGCAUGCGACCAUCUAUCCCGCAGCAACCACCUAACCUGCCGCAGCCUCCGCCACCCGCGCCGCCUCGCAUGGGAACCCCCGGCCUCGUGACCGGACCACCAGCUGGCAGCGGCGCUGGCGCUCCAGCACGGAGUCAGACUCCCGCCAAGUCGAUGCAGCAGAGCAAAUACCCUCCUGGUGACCGAAGCCACAUCCCUGAGAGCCUCAAGCCAAUUUUCAACGUGCUCUCGCAAGAAUUGGGUCGUUUCAAGGUGUCUGGAGCGCCGAAGCGCAUGGUGGAUGACGUCGAGUCUCGAGUCAACCUCUUGUUUGACGCAUUGAACUGCGAGACACUGGACGCGAAAGCCGUCCAAGCGCUGCAUCAGCUUUGUCAAGCUAUCUCGGUGCGUAACAUCAACGCCGCAUUGGAUAUCCAUCUGCGCCUUGCAACAACCGCAACUGGUGACAUGAGCAAGUCCCUUGUGGCCGUCAAGCAGCUUAUCACCCGAAUGAAAUAGAACGAGGUGUAUUGAGCUAAAUGUAAUUGAGACCGCACGGAAUGUCACAGCCGAAUAGGUGUGUAUACGGCUUCUCCGUGCUGACUCGAGGGAUGAUCAC